AUGUCGUGGAACCAGUAUCCCGGUGGCGGGCACCAGCAGCAAGGCGGCUACGGCUACCAACCUCCCCAACAGCAGCAAUGGCAGAACAACCCUCCCCCUCCCAUGGGCGCUCAGGGCUACGGCCGACCCCCACCUCCUCCUAUGCAGAUGCAAGGCGGCUACCACAACAACCCACCUCCUCCCCAACAAUACUCGGCCCCUUCAGGCGGAUAUUCCAGCGGCGGAGGAUACCAGCAACAGCACUCGCAGCCACACCAGGGCAACUAUCGCCUGUCGGGCGGGUACGUGCCCCCGACAAACGCGCCGGUGGAGAGCAGCUAUCACCAGACGGGUGCGGGAUACAUGCCUCCGUCCCAGCCGCAGGGACAGUUUGCGCCGUAUGGUAAUCAGGGGAUGCCUGCCCGACCCCCGACGCAGAGUCAGCACUAUGGACCCCAGUUCCAGGGACAGGGCGGACAGCAGGCCCAGCCGUACUUCCAGUACUCUCAGUGUACUGGUAAGAAGAAGGCGCUCUGUAUUGGUAUCAACUAUAUCGGCACUUCCUCUGCCCUUGCGGGAUGCAUUAACGACGCGCACAAUGUGCAAAAGUUUUUGAUCCAACGAUACGGCUACAAAUCUGAAGACAUUGUCAUGCUCACUGACGACGCCCGCAACACCCGCCAGAUCCCUACCCGAGCGAAUAUGAUUGCUGCUAUGCGGUGGUUGGUCAGCGGGGCGUCGCCUAACGACUCUCUCUUCUUCCACUACUCUGGACAUGGUGGUCAGACGGAAGACUUGGAUGGAGAUGAAGAUGAUGGGCAUGACGAGACGAUUUAUCCUUUGGAUUUCAAGCAGUCUGGGCAUAUUGUCGACGAUGAGAUGCACGACAUCAUGGUGAAACCUCUUCCUGCUGGUUGUCGUCUGACUGCCAUCUUUGACUCCUGUCAUUCUGGUACAGCCCUCGAUCUCCCCUACGUCUACUCCACCGAAGGUGUCAUCAAGGAGCCCAACCUUCUCGCCGAAGCCGGCUCCGGCCUCCUCUCCGCCGGCAUGUCAUACCUCAGGGGCGACACUGGUGGCAUGCUCAGCGGCAUUAUGGGCAUUGGCAAAAAGGUGUACAACAACAACUCGGGCGCGGCGGAGAGGACCAAGCAGUCCAAGACUUCGCCGGCUGAUGUCGUCAUGUGGUCGGGAUGCAAGGAUUCGCAGACCAGUGCCGAUACGCAAGAGGCGGGCAGGGCUACGGGUGCCAUGUCGUAUGCCUUUAUUGCGGCUUUGACAAAGUAUCAGCAGCAGAGCUACGUGCAGCUCUUGAAUACUAUCCGAGAUGAGCUGAAGGGCAAGUAUGACCAGAAGCCUCAGCUUUCGGCGAGUCAUCCCAUGGAUACCAAUCUUUUGUUCAUCUGUUAG